AUGGUAAUCGUAAUUGGAUUCGAAGGGAGUGCAAAUAAAUUGGGUAUUGGGAUUAUUCAAGAUGAAAAUGUUUUGUCAAAUGUACGACAUACUUAUAUUACUCCACCAGGCGAAGGAUUUUUACCUCGUGAAACUGCGCAACACCACAGAGAACAUGUCCUUGUCGUUUUACAAAAAGCACUGAACGAUGCUAAAAUAACUUUAAAAGAUGCGGAUGUGAUAUGCUAUACAAAAGGACCAGGAAUGGGAGCACCAUUGACAAUUACUGCAUUGGUAGCAAGAACAAUUGCUCAAUUAUAUAAUAAGCCAAUCGUUGCAGUAAAUCAUUGUAUCGGUCAUAUUGAAAUGGGCCGAUUAAUUACUGGAAGUAUAAAUCCUAUUGUUUUGUACGUUUCUGGUGGAAAUACGCAGAUUAUCGCAUAUUCUCAACAGAAAUAUCGUAUUUUUGGCGAAACAAUAGAUAUUGCUGUUGGAAAUUGUUUAGACCGUUUCGCAAGGCUAUUAAAGCUAUCAAAUGAUCCUAGUCCUGGUUAUAAUAUAGAACAGUUGGCAAAAAAAGGGAAUAAAUUAGCUCCAUUGCCUUAUGUAGUAAAAGGAAUGGAUGUAUCUUUUUCGGGAAUUUUAAGUUAUAUAGAGGAACAUCAUUCUUCUUGGCUUGACUCCAAAGAAUUUACUCCAGAAGAUUUAUGUUUUUCUUUGCAAGAAACAGUGUUUGCCAUGCUUGUUGAAAUAACAGAAAGAGCAAUGGCCCAUGUGAAGUCAUCCGAGGUAUUAAUUGUUGGUGGCGUAGGAUGUAAUAAACGAUUACAAGAUAUGAUGGAAAUUAUGUGUAAAGAGAGAAAUGCAAUACUUUAUGCUACAGAUGAGAGAUUUUGUAUAGAUAACGGUGUAAUGAUUGCUGUAGCUGGAUUACUUCAGUACAAAAGCAACGGGCAUACACCAUGGAUAGAAACAACAUGUGUACAAAGAUAUCGAACAGAUGAUGUACAUAUUUCUUGGAGAGAAUAAAUGAGUUUUAUAUAAAAUCAUUUGUUGCAAUAAUGAAUAAAAGUAUUUUUUAAAAAGUA